AAGCGCAUGCGCGUUGGGAUGAUGGGAAUUUCCAACAGCUGAGGAGGCGUAGCUAGCCGCUGCUAGCACUUGUUAAAGCUUGGAGGGAGCUCAGAAGAAUCACACCAUCAGGAUGUGUCUGCGAGAUGAGUGACCUUGAACUCUGCACAUGCCGAAACCAAGGAUACAACUCUGCACCAACAGUGUGAAGAAAAAGCUCCUCCUGACCUCAACUCGCACCACACGGGCCUGUUUGUCUGGAAACAAGAACAGGCUCUGAGCCAGUACCAGAGAUGCCUGUAAGAAAGCAUCCCUACAGGCUGCAGCCUAGCUACGCCAACUGAAAGCACCAGACAACUGCAUCUCUUGUUUAAAGGAUGUGCUGCUGAUUGGACACAAAGUCUCAUUCCUCUUCCGCCUCUCCAAAACGCUAUUAACGUUGAGUGUGUGCCAGCGCGUACGGUGAAUAAUGGUGACCAAAAAUGGUGCUUGAAUGUGGCAUCCUGGUGCAGGGUAUGCUAAAAGGGGCGAGGCUCUCUCAGAAAAGUAUGUAACAGCUGACUGAUAGUCCGCUGUAGAUAAUGGAUGCCAAGUUAAAAGAGGACCUGUUUCGGAGGUAUGUGACGGCACUGGAGAGGCGUCUGGAGGAGGAAUACACAUGGAUUGGAACUGCACCGGAGGGGGACAAAGGGAGGCACAAGGACAGCGAGGCUCUGCUCUCCACAGCCACAGCUCUGCUAGGGGCCUACCAGCCAGACCCAGGACAGCGUUUCCGGAUGGUGCGUUUCUAUGAGGUGGUGGAGAAUUCUCUCCGCUGUCAGAGAGGGGGCAACCUCAAGAGCCUGGAGAGAGCCUUCCACACGCUGGAAACCAUCUGCACCAACCUCCUGCUUUUCCCCUGGAAGAAGGAGUUCAGAUGUAUAAAGACCUUCACUGGUCCAUACGUGUACCAUCUGCAGUCCGCCAUCUCUGAUGCUGAACUCCGAUCUCUAAUGCGCAUCAUCGGCUACACCUGUGACCAUGAUUCGCAGUUCCAUUUGCAGGAGCACCCAGGAGGCACAAAUCAUCUCCGCCAGUUGGCGUUUGAGCUCUUCCUGGCCCAGGCAGAGUGUCGUCUUCUGGGAGAGGUAGUGGCUCUGGCCCGUGGUUCAGCCUCAGAGCUGGAGGCCCUGGAGCUCCGCAGAGGGUGCAGAGAUGAUGCAGCUGGCUGUGCCGAGGCGCUGCGCAGACGCGACAGCCUCGGGGCAGAUAUGGCUCGGCUGUCUGUGCGGCCGCUGGAUAUAGAGAGGCCUCAUGCCCACCACCUGAGGCGGGGUAGCCGACCGUCUAAGUCUGUGGAUGUUACAGAUGGGGCUGGUCACUGGCACGCAGCAGUUAGCAAGCCUGUCUUGAAGGCCUCAUUGAGUCUGAGGAAGGAGCCUCUGUUUGUGGAUGCAGAGGAGGAUAUGAAGGAUGAGAUCAUCAGGCCCAGCACCUCAGCAUCUCUCUUCUCUGUGGCAGCUCCACCUUCUUAUAGCCCUAUUGCGGAUUUCUUCCCAAUUCAGUCGCCUCCCCCGGCUGAUGCUUACACAUCCUACCACUUGUCCUCUUUGGAUGAGAUUGACUUGUACACAGAGAGGGGUGGCGCCGGGACGGGAGGAAGGCAGACCCCUUCUCGACCUCCAUCCAGAGAGCCUCGGGAGUCAAGGGAUGGGUGGCUGCUCAAAGGUCAUGGUAGUGUGAAGUGUCAGGGCUGUGGGCUCGGCUGCUCCUCUAUGGCCUCCUGCCAGAGGUGUGACAUGAUCCUCUGUUCUGCCUGUCAUGAUGUGGACCCCUCCCCUUGCUGCGGCCUCCAGGACUACCACCCCAAAUCACCACGACCCCUCGAUGGAUACAUUCCUGUCAAGGAAAAGCUCUCUGUCUACUCUAAUACUCACUCCCACUCCCAUCUCCAUCCGCACCCCCUCACACUGACCCACUCACACUCUCACCCCCACCCUCACCCCCAGAUGGUGGAGAAACCCCUCAUGUCCACUAAGCUGUUUCCAAGCAAGUCUGUUGCCUUGACAACACCAAAGGGAGGCAGCAGCGAGCGAUUAAGCAUGGGGGGAUCGCGAUGCGGGUUUUGCAACAAGCCAGGUGCAUCUCACACCUGUGUGAACUGCUCUAAGGUGUCAUGUGACUCGUGCAUGGGCUUGUAUGCAAAGGAUAUAUGCACACGAAAGAAUCCCCAGCACAGCUUUGUGCCCAACCAUCAGCUCAACUUCAAAUCCGGCACCAUAUCUCACCUGGUGUACCGAUGAAUCAGGCAGACAGAAUAUUUGUUUCUCCUUCUAGUUCCCUCCCUUAACCCGCUGUGUAGUCUUGCACUAUUGCUUUAGCUCUGUUCCCGUUUAAACAACUCAGUCACUAUCUUCCCCUUUAUCUGAUGGUCUUAUCGCUCUCUCUAACCCUCUUUUGAACUUUGUACAUUUUCUCUUACUGUCAGUAGGGCCCUGGAAUGCACAUUGCCACAGAGAGCCAUAUCGUCUGCCCAUCUCUCUGCCUUGUACAAGUUCAGGCCUUUUAUCUAUUUCUUCUUCCUUUUACCUUGCUACCUGCUCUUGAAUAGUCAUGUGAUGUUGUAGCGCUUCCCAAAUUCCUCAAAUUUUGUCCUCUUCAAAAGGGAAACUGGAGAAAAGAGUUUAAUUCCUUCUCAUUUUGAAUGAAUUCUGUCCAAAUGAACAUAUAUACUUUGCCUAACUUCUCAGCUAAAAAUUCCUAUAAUAUAUAAAAUAUAUAUAUA